AUGAAGCAAGUUUACAAGGAAGAGGAGCUCGAGGUCCCCGAGGGCGUCACGGUUACCGUCAAGUCCCGUGUCAUCACCGUCACCGGACCCCGCGGUACCCUCCAGAAGAACGCGCAGCACGUCGACAUGUCGAUCCGCGUUCUCGCUCCCUCGGAGAAGGCUCUCAAGCCCGUCCACCGCGUCAAGCUCGUCGUCUGGCACGGCGGCCGCAAGCACGUCGCGUGCCUCCGCACGAUCCGCUCCCAGAUCGAGAACAUGAUCCAGGGCGUCCGCUACGGCUUCGCCUACAAGAUGCGCCUCGUCUAUGCUCACUUCCCCAUCAACGUCAUCAUCGCCGGUGACAAGCAGUCUGUCGAGAUCCGCAACUUCUUGGGCGAGAAGCGUGUCCGCCACGUCAAGAUGCUCGAGGGCGUGACCAUCUCCGAGUCCAAGGCGCAGAAGGACGAGAUCAUCCUCGAGGGCAACGACGUCGACGCCGUCUCCCAGUCGGCCGCGUCCAUCCACGGCCAGACCCUUGUUCGCAACAAGGACAUCCGCAAGACUACCGCCGUCCCCGUCGAGGACGCGGCAUGA